AUGGACGCAUAUGAAGCAAAAAUUAUAAAGCUAGAAGAUAAAACAACAUUAAAUACAAAAGGGGAAUUGUGGAAGCCCAACAAAAAUUCCCAAGCAUCUCUGGAACAUGAAGGAUACGAAUUUAAAGGCACAAUAACGAGCAGCCAAUUCUCGAAAAUUAAAACCGCCCAUUUUAAAAAAGAAAACAUCGAUGUUGCUGUGAAAAUUAUCAAGAAAUACAAGCUCCCAAAGGAUGUUUUGGAAAAGUUUAUUCCUAGAGAAAUAGCCAUUCUUCAACGGGUUCAACAUCAUGGCAUCGUCGAUCUUUUAGCGGUUUACGAGUCUCCAUGCUGUUUCUACCUUGUAAUGGAACUACUCCCCAGGGGCGAUCUCCUGGAAUUUGUCAGUAACGUUGGGUACCUCACGGAGCCGGACGCCAGAAGGUUCUUCCAUCAGCUUCUUGACAUUGUUGCUUACCUCCACAAGGAGAACAUUUGUCACCGAGAUAUCAAACUGGAAAAUCUAAUGUUAGACUGCUGCUUUAAUCUCAAACUAACUGAUUUCGGCAUUGCGCGGUACAUAAAUAAUUCUGAAAAGCUUAGCACAACCUGUGGUUCUUACGUAUACACAGCGCCAGAAGUAAUGAAUGGAGAAGAGUACAAUGGCGCACAGGCAGACAUUUGGAGCAUGGGUGUCUGUCUGUAUGCCAUGCUGUGUGGCAAGCUGCCAUUCAGAGAUGAUGAUGUCGACAUUUUGCGACAGUCAAUGAGAGAAAGGCUCCACUUCCAUAGACACGUUUCAAAAGCUUGUAGGUAUUUACUGCGUAAGAUGUUGAGUUACGAACCAGAGAACAGACCGCCCAUACAAGAUAUCAGGAGAACCGACUGGAUGUGUAAACCAAUAAAAAAUGUGGGGGAGUCGUCUGUUUCUUCCUUGUCUGUUGCAGCAGUGACGUCCGAUUUGCAUCCAAACGUCACGAUAGAUCCAAAUGCUGAACAUGGCUUUUCUUGUAAUCAGAAGGACAAGAGAUUUAAGUCAACCAAAGUCUCCGAUAUCUUACACUGUGUUACAGAAAACCAUAGUACUGGUACCAGUAAAGUAGAUUUAAAGGCCAUUCCCGCACUCAAACCUGCUUCUGUGGCAGCCAUUACAGGUGUGGCUGGUCCUAUUGGGAGAAAGAUCAGUCAACAGAUGGGACUAAACAUUGACACAUCCACAGAGAAAAAAGAUCCACCUGUAAAAUCUGGCUUAGGAAAAGCUGGUUUCAGUCGAGCAAUGAAAGGCCUGAGAACUUUCAAACGAGCCACAACUGUCAUCAGAGCCACAAGACGGUUUAAAAGGGGUCCACUCAAUACCAUACUCAAAAUCUCUCAGGAGGAAGCCAUGGCCAAAAUAAUGGACCAAAACCACAAACAAGUAGAGCAUGAAACCAAAGAACUCCACAGGUGUACCAGUGGUAAACUGGCUACACAUCUAAAGGCAGUGAUGCAUGAAGAGAAUUUGUCCAAAAAGAAAAGCCAGCUGGAGAUGGAACAAGCUAAACAAGAACACGAUGAGAAAACGUCCAGACUUCGCCAAACUGUCCUUCACUUGAUGCCAAACUUCAAAAAUAAAUUGUAACAGAAAUAUGUCACAAUAGAAAAUUUUAAAUGUUUCCUUGUAUUUUGCACCCCACCGUUUUCAAAAAAAUGUAACAACAGAAAAUAUCAAUUAUAAAUGUGUACUUGUAAUGUGUACCAACACCUUCCCUUGUUGAACUUGUGAACUUUGCAUACCAAAAGCUUUAAAAAAAAAUCAGUCUCAUUGCAUUAUAUUGCAAAUAAAUAAGAAAUAAAGCAAAAUGAUUUUUA